UUUCGGAGGACUUCUUCCGGCAGCGCACACUAAAGAGCGGAUGUUGAUCAUCUCACAUGUUAGAGGCAGAGGAGCUUCCAUACCGGUACUUCAUUUGUAGACUACAUAUUUGUAACGAACUUCCUAUUUUUCGUCGUAAUGUCAGUGUCGUUAAUCAGGAGAGGUCUGGAGCUGCUGAGUGAUGAUAUUGAAGAUCUGAAAGUGAAGAAGAAGAAGACGACCCCCAACACGGCCGCAGCGAUGGAGCAGAUCAGUACCAACAGACAGGGAGUCACCAGGCAGGUCAAACGACUGCAGGGGCGCCUCGGUCCGGGAAAGAGCAAAGCUACAGUCAAGGACAAGAGGAUCAAAUCAGCUAUUGAGGAGUUCAGGAAGAAGCAGGGAAAGACUAACCUGAGCGCCAACCUCAAGUACUUCACAAAAACCACCAGUAAACCCACAGGUUCAGAUACUUUCAAGAUCCAGAACCAUAACAAAGGAAGACAGUCCAGAAAUCGCCCCGACAACCCCGCCAAGAAGCCCAAGGAGACGCAGUCUUUGUUCACAGAGGAGGAGUUCCAGCAGUUCCAGAAAGAAUACUUUGGAAAGACUGUAGAGGAGAGCAGUUAACACUGCAACACCAAAACACAGCAUUUCCACCUCUAUGGGAUUAGUUUUUGUCAGAAAUAUAUUCUAGAAGUUUGUUUCCUGGACUGAAGAACUGCCUUGUUGCACAGGAAAAAUUAAAGUUUCAGUUUUUAAACGGUGAGAUGUUCACAAAUUUCCUGAAGCCUCACUUACAGUUAUCUUUAUUUUUCCUUAUUGUGUCUUCUUUUUCUCUUAAGGUUAAAUAAAUGAUCCAAUCAAGCUUUAUAUAUCUUUGAAGGCCCUCAGAAAAACUUUGACAGCUGUGUUGUUUUUUUUCUUUAGACUUUUUGUCAGCAGUCUCUGCGGAGAUCAUUUAUUCCAUGAGGGAGUUCUUCUGCAGUCGAUGUUGUGGUAUUUCUUACAUAUCUAUUCAAGUUGGUUCAUAUCAAAAAUAUUUUUUGUAUCAUUCUCAGGUUUAGGCUCUCCCUGCAUAUCAUAAUGUAGUAAAAAGACACAUUAAAUUCACUUUAAUCUGUCUCAUUUCCAAAAAA